GUUGGACAUAUCUCCCAAGGGUGAUCUCUCAGUGAAGCAGAUUUCAAGAAAUAUUCACCAACUCAAGAAAAAGAUCAGAGAAUUUGAAGAAGGUUUUGAAGCAGAAUAUGGACGAAGGCCUAGUCAGACUGAAAAAGCUCCCAUUAAAAAACAUCUUGGUGAUCUUACUYGCUACAGAAAACAACUUAAAGAACUGAAAGAAAAAGCCAAAGAAGAAUCAGAAAGGCUUAAUGAUACCGCACCACCCUUCAAGCAGGAACCCAUCACUAGCACCGUAGAACCACUCCUGACCACAACACCAGCAUCUGUACAGCAGUCUUUAGAUAAUAUUCUAAGAAAACUACAAGACAAGAGAAAAUCUGCUGGCAGGAAUGAGGAUUUACAGUCAUUAACAAUGGAGCAGCUUCAAGAUGAAAAGCUUUCUGUGCAAAAAGCCUUGUUACAGCAUGAGAGUGUCUUCGGCAGACCUACCUCUAAAAAGGAUAAGGAUAUCAUGAGGCCACUGUAUGAUAGAUAUCGUAUGAUUAAAAGAAAACUUAACAUCUCAAGGACUCAAAAUACAAAAGAAGAUCAGUCAAAAUCUGGUGAUGAAAGAAGUGAUCAAGAUACAGUAACAGAACAAGAAGAUUUUGGCAGUGAAGAACAGUUAUUUGCUACACCAACGUUACUCCGAAAAUCCCUGCUAUCCUCCCCAGUAUCAAAGGCGUCUCCCAAGAAAUGGUCUGACAAUAAAAUAGGAGUAGGUGAUGAUCUUGAUGAUGGUGAUGACUUUGGGGGCUCACAAGAUAACCUUGAUGAUAACAAGGAAAGAGACACAAAACUACACCAAAUGUCACAUGAGGAACUCCAAAGGCAAGUCGAACUGGCUAAACGARAGAAAAAGAUGUUGCGGAAAAAACUCAAGAAAUUUGAGGACGACUUUCUUGAAAGAACGGGAAGGAGAGUACAAAAGGAUGAAAGAGGAGAAAUGGAAGAUUAUUAUCGUGAAUACAAACAAAUCAAAGCUCGCCUCCGACUCAUCGAUGUCCUCCUUAAUAAACGUCAAUCUAGUCUAACCAUAUAAGCAAUUACCCUAGUAAACACCAAGGCAGGCUCGCUACAUUCUAAAACACACGAGAUUGUAAGAGUAUAAUAUGUGGAAUCGAGGAUCAUAGAUGUCAAAUAUUAUUUGAUUGAAAAUUGGACUUUUUAAUCAGAAUCUUACUUGAUCCACCCAGAAGAGCUGUCAAUCAAAAUUUGUUGCUAUGACGACGUGGUAUUUUUGUAAAGACCCGUGAUCAAAUUAUUUGGUUUUUCAAGAGAAUAUUAUUGAACGCCUAAGUGUAUGUAUUAUAUGUAUGAAUUAAGUCUGAUUCGAGGACAAAUUACAGAUAAAGAAAAGAAUUAAACCUGUUUUGCGUGUUGUAUCAUAAAAUGCAGUGGCGAUAACAACACGGUGCAAGCUGUCACGUCGAGGCUUGUCACGCGUACCAACUAUUCCUGCAACAAAAAUGUUUGAAAGAAAGCUCGAUCCUCAGCCUUAAAGUUGUAAUUAAUUGGCUGAAAACGACAGGUCGCAAGCAGGAGUAGAUCUAGAUUUUACUUCUGUGACGUUGCGUAAAGCAGUUGCAGAGUUUGACUCGCGCUUUUGUUGUGCGCAACAGUAGCACAAUUAAAUGGCUUUCCUUAAUUCUAAACCAAUCAAAAGCUAAAGAAUUACAAUCCAUCCAAUCACAUCGUUUGAAUGAAAAAUCCACUUGAGAGUCGCAAGACCACUGCGCAUCCUUCAGAAAGCCAGUUUUCGUAUGACUGUGAAAGGGUCACAGACACGGUCACGCCAAGGUCACGGCACGGUCAGACAAAUCAAAUUGGGGGAGAUGAAAAUCGGCCAGUUAAAAUUCUAGAAAACAUCACAGYACGGCACGCUUACGGCACUGAGCUAUUCACAGUCAUGCGAGAACUGCUCUAACGUCAGGCUCUUUGUACCGUGAGACACAUGUUUUUUCCCCCACAUCUAUAACUGUGCCGCGCAUCAGUCUGCCUUAUGAUCAAGAUUUUCAGCAAUGUUGCGCAUAAUAUAUUUAAUUGUAUAAACUACGAGUCUUAGUGACAUCUUUGUCUAAAGAAAUGGGGGGUUUAACGCAUUUGAGUGAAAGGGCUGAAUUUACGUUGAAAAUAUUUGCAAAUGGUUAGAAUACUGUCGCCCUGAUCUGAUGGGCUCCCUAUGAAUGAAAAAAAAUAUUGCAAUAAAAGACAUCAAAUUUUAUAAGGGUAA